GGCGGGCGGAACAGUUGGGUGUGGAUGUAAACAGCGCUGAAACGGAUCUCGUUUACGUGUCUACUCAAAAAUAAUGUCCCGUUUUAAAAGGACAGACAAGGUGGACUCUCUGGCUGGGUUUAGGAAGGAGACGACCCAACCCACGAUACCACAGGGUUUGCUUAAGGGGGCGCGGAAGAGUGGUCAGCUCAACCUUUCUGGCCGGGGACUGACGGAAGUCCCUCAGAGCGUCUAUCGUCUGAAUACUGACACGCCAGAGGAGGCCAAAAACAAUGUGUCUUUUGGGGCGGAGGACCGCUGGUGGGAGCAGACCGACCUCACUAAGCUGUUGCUGUCAUCCAAUCAGCUGACUUACCUGUCAGAUGACAUCAAACUACUUCCUGCUCUCACAACACUUGAUCUUCAUGAUAACAAGCUAAAUAGCUUGCCGGCGAGUUUGGGAGAGCUCCAGGAGCUUCAGCAACUUCGACUAAGUCAUAAUCAGCUAAGAUCCCUGCCUGUUGAGGUGUGCACCCUGAGGAACCUCUGGAGUCUCACACUCCAGCAGAACAUGCUGGAGAACCUUCCAGAGGAACUGGGACAAAUGGGAAACCUGACAGAGCUGGACGUGUCAAACAACCAGCUAAGCGUGCUGCCGUCCAGUCUGGGACACCUCACAUGCCUCCAGAAGCUUCACCUUCAGCACAACAAACUCAGCUGCCUGCCUGAGAGUCUGGUGCAGCUCACAGGUGUGAAGGUUUUAGACUGCAGCAACAAUCAGAUCACAAAUAUUCCUUCCAGCCUGUCCAAGAUGAAGGCUCUUGAGCAGCUGUAUCUCAGGCAUAACAAGAUCCACUGCCUCCCUCAGCUUCCUGCACCAUCUCUCAAGGAGUUCUAUAUCGGAAAUAACCAGAUUGAGCAGUUGGAGUCGGAGCAGCUGUCCAGUCUCUCCGUCAUCUCUGUACUGGAACUGCGAGACAACAAGAUUAAAUCCCUCCCUGACCAGAUCACAGCGUUGCACUCGCUGUCUCGGCUUGACCUCACCAACAAUGACAUCUCCACUCUUCCUGCGUCUCUGGGUCUGCUACCCAAUCUCAAGGCUCUGCUGUUGGAGGGUAACCCUCUGAGGGGCAUCAGAAGAGACCUGCUCACCAAAGGAACCAAUGAGCUGCUCAAGUACUUAAGAGGAAGAAUCAAAGAGGAGCCUGAAAGUGGAGACUCAGAACCUUGUGCCAUGACUUUACCCAGCCACGCCCGGGUCAACAUGCACAACAUCAAAACCCUGAAGGUCUUGGACUACAGUCAGAAGCAGGCAGUGAGUGUUCCAGACGAGCUGUUUGAUGCUGCUGCUGAGAGUAAUGUAACCACGGUGAACUUCAGCAAGAACCAGCUGACCUCCAUACCCUCCAGACUGCUGGAGUUUAAGUCAUCAGUGUCAGAAAUCAAUCUGGGCUUCAACAGACUCACCAGCUGUUCUGACAUUGGCAGCCUGCUGCAGCUGGAAUUCAUUGACCUCAGAAACAACCAGCUGAGUGAUUUACCCUCCGAGAUGAAGAACCUGUCCAAGUUGCGUUGCAUCACCCUGAAUUACAACCGAUUCAAGUCCUUCCCUCAAGUCCUCUAUGAGAUUGUUUCUUUGGAAACGGUGUUGCUUGGAAACAACCAGGUGGGAGCGGUGGACCCUGCUCUCCUACAGAAGUUGGUGCAUCUGUCCACGCUGGACCUGUCCAACAAUGACCUGCUGAACAUCCCGCCUGAACUGGGCCUGUGUACGGGCCUGAGGUGUCUCAGUCUGGAGGGGAAUCCUUUCCGCACACCCCGAGCUGCCAUCGUGGCUAAAGGAACUGACGCAGUGCUGGAGUACCUCCGUGGACGCAUCCCCACUUGAAGCCAUUCUAAUCGAUGCUCCAAUGAGAUGAAGACAGGAAACCUGGAGAGAAACUCUUCAUUCAUCACGCGGCACCAAUGACUGCAGCACUUGUGUACUUUUAAAUUCGUAGUGAGCCUGUUGGAAUGUGGCUCUAUGAAUGCAGGACAAUCUUUUCAGAUGAUGAUGAUGAUGGUGGCAUGUCGACUAAUGCACUAAAUAAAUGUUUGUCAGUUGAAAUGUCAGUCUUUGUUACUUAAACUGGUUGUCAGAGCCAAGUACCUGGCUAAUGCAGGACUAGUGACAUUGGCAUCACUUGCAUCAUUAGUUGUUGGACAAACAUAAUUGAUAAAGUUGUGUGUUGAUAAGCCUGUUUUUGCUCACCCUACACAGAUCUCUCUUCAUCCAGAUGGACCACACCACACGUCGAAAAGCGGCUGUGAAACUUGCCACCUGAUACACUGCCAUCUAGUGGUAGGAAGCUGUAACUCAGCUCCUCAUACCAACUUGCACAUCAGGAGAUCUAGUUUUUGGUCUUGGUUCGAGACGAUCUGUCUGUCGGUGACUCGUUGUCUUCCCUUAAUUCUCGUGAUGGGGUCAUGGAGGGCAAACUAUUAAUAAAGAAUGUUAUUUGAAGUUCACCGCGCAGAUUUCAUGCCCGCACAUGCCAUAUCAAAUAUGUGGCAGCCUGCAGGCCUUGAGUUUGACACAUGAAAACUCACAAGCACUGGAAAACCAUAAACGCAACAAAUGAAAGGUCUAGGUUUGAGCC